CGAAGCCAUAAGCCAUGUCUGCUCUCUGGGUGCUUCUUCUUGCAGUCAGCCUUGACUUGAGCGGCGGUGAUAGAAUCAACUCCUUUGCGGGCCCAUUUCGCGUUGUGCCUGACCACCUGGAGGAUUGCCCACCUGAGAUGCAGCCCCUCAAAGAAUAUUACAAACUGCGCUACAGCGCAGCUAGGGACCGCAAGGUGCAGGAAAUCUGGUACUACACAGGAAACCUCACCACUCACUUCAGAUUCGACGACAGCUUGACGGGCCAUGCCAACGUGGCGUCAUGGAGUUCUCGCGGGGGCUGGAUUGACAACGCCCACGUUUUAACGUCGCCCAGAAUUUGCAGCACGAUAAGAGAAAGGCUACCCGAAGCCUGGCGGACGUUCGUCGUUGCCAUGUUCAACAAUCCGCUUCAAGGUUGUCCGUUUCCAGCGGACACUUACCAUAUCGUCAACAUGUCGACAAACAUGAACUUCAACUACCCGCCAACAUUUUUUUACGGCAAAUGGAGAUCCACCGUGAAGCUCAUGCGAACAUCCUCCAAUGAAGUUUUGGGGUGCAUUCGAGCCUUUUUCUCUACAUUACCCAAAUUAAGGCAUCGAUGAGAAGAUCUAACACGCAAUAGUGUAAUCAUUGUGUAAACAGCAGUAGCACCCUGGACGGAGUAACUCACUUAAGUUUGUUAGUGAUGCCAGGGCACCAGUUAAAACUCCUGCCACUGCAAAAAAAUGUCCUGUCAAUGCCCUUUAUUUAUUACCAGUUUUCACUGCAGUACACACUUAUCAUCUUACGAUGGCAACGCGAACGUAACAUACGCUGAAAUCAAAACAUGCGUAUUACGCUGAAAUGUCAUCGUACUACAAU